UGGACUGCUCCAGCUCCUUUAAAAUCCAGGCUCAACACCAAUCCCACACAAACUCCGAAACCAUUGCUCUUGGCACCUCACAAGCUCACAGCUCGCGAUCUUCCUCCGGCAAGGAUCGGUGGUUGAGGAGUCACGGUAAGGCGAAGCGCGAACGAGAGCGUACGUGCCAUGGCCGGGAGCGCGAGGUCGGCGGCCACGAAGCACGCGUACCGGAUGUUCGCGCCGUCCCGGAGCGCCGCGGCGCGGGGCAGCACCGGCGGCUCGGCGGACGAGUUCGACGAGUGCGACGUCUGGGGAUCUUUCGGUCCCGCCGGCGUGGUGGACUGCUCCGGCCCCGGCGAGAUCGCACGGGCCCGAACGGUCCCGUCGUCCGCCCGCGCCGCCGGCGGCCGGAAGAUGCCGCUGGACCGCGCCGCCGUCGGCUCGCUGCCAGGGUCGCUGCCGAUGAGCAUACCGGACUGGCAGAAGAUCCUGGGGGUCGAGUACAGAGACCACCACGCCGGCCCGUGGGAGCUGGACGGCAACGACGAGGACGCCAGCCACCACGGUGGCAUGGUGCCGCCGCACGAGCUGGCUUGGCGCAGCCGCACGGCGUCGCUGUCGGUGCACGAGGGGAUCGGCAGGACGCUGAAGGGGCGGGACCUCAGCCGCGUCCGCGACGCCGUGUGGAAGAGGACUGGCUUCGAGGACUAACCGAACGGCAUGGCUCGAUACGCGCCUAGCUGGUAGCCGGCCGCCGCCGGUAGCCAGGCUUGGAACUGGCGCGCUACUAGCUGCUUCGCUUGUUUCCAUCCACCAACCCUCCUUUUUGCCAUUCAACUACAUAAAAACAAUUGGCGGUAUUGUUGCUUGAUGGCUGGUAGCCGGCCGCCGCCGGUAGCCAGCCUUGGAACUGAAUGCGAUCCGGACAGACGGAAGGAUGGCGGGCGGUUGCUUGAUGCUUGCUCUCCAUGGCUGGCAA